AUGGUAUGUUUCUAAAAUAAUUUGAUUUCUUUUUGAUGUGUAGAGUAUUUCCUUCUUUAUCUAACUAAAAUUAGGUUAAAACAUUAAGUUACGUAUUUUAGAUUCAAGAAGAAGGUGAAGCAUCUGAUGUUGAAGCUGAACUAGCUCAACAUUCUAACAGUUUCUCGAAUGGCUUUAGUUUUACUUUUUCUAAGAAGAAGACGUCUUCAAAAAACAAAGUUAAAAAGCAAAUUAAGGAGUACUUUAGUGAUGAUGUUUUUCCUCUUCAAGACGUUCGGCCUGAUGAUCAGGAGCUGGAGUUCAGGCGUUUUAUCAAAUAUGUCGCGCAAUGUAUGGACGGAUUGCCGGUGAGUUUUUAUCUGUUAUUUUGUUUAGUUUUUAGGGUUAGUUUGAGGCCGAAUGACAGUUUUUGUAGGAAGAGAAUGUUUGAUAUUAUUCAUGUUGAUGAAUACUUUACUGAAUUAAGUAUAACUUACUUUAAUGUUUAGGUAGAAGCGUGAAAUUUUAGUGGAAGAUAGAUAAAUUUGUUUUUCAACUAAUUGUUGAAGAAUAGUUUAAAAUAUGUUAUAGUUUCUGAGUUACAGUACUUCUACCGUACAGCUUAAUACAUGUAAAUUAUUUUAUUGGCUAAAAUUAGAAGUAAAAAGUUUAAAGUCUUGCAAAUAUUUUUUUUUUAAUUUUAUUCACAUAAUUGCAAAAAGGAAAUUCUUCUGCGUGUUUUAGGUAUACGACUACCAAAACGACAAUCAUCGUUUAGCCGUAUUGGGAGCCAAAAAAGCAGGUGUACCAUAUAAGAUGGAGCCAGUAGUGACAGAGCUUUACAAUUUACAAGAAGAAAGGAAACUCGACGAUCUCAGCGAUGAUGAUUUUCAAAAUUCAUCAGACACAUUCCACAAAUUUAGUAUUGAAGAUCGCUUUACCAACAUGAUCAAACCUAAGAUCAGUGCUCCAACCUUUAUUCCACAAUCUGCAACGAGUAGUAACUUGAAUGGAUUGAAUAAAAUGGAAAAUAAGGUUAGGAAACAUCGGUCUGAUCCGUCUUUGGACAAUUUUAACGAGUUUGAUGAUGGAAAAAUGGGCAAAAACGAAGAUGAUGUUACACAUAAGAUUUCUAUUGUCUCGAAUAGUAAGUUUUUUGAUUUUUGAACUUUGAGAAAAAUUGAAUUUUUAACAUUUGAAGGUCAUAAGCUUCAAAUUGCAACUUAAAGUUGUUUUUAAGUUAGUAACACUUACGUUUUUCACCUAUAUCAAUAUAUAUUUUAGCCCUAGAAACAACUCGCAAGGUCAGCUGCAAAACGCAGCGUAGCACAGACUCAGUAUCUUCAAUGUUAAACUCUCUACUACAUUGGCGACGAAAAGUCGUUGAUCUAGCUGCUGUAGUACCAUUAAAGCGAAGGAAAAAGAAGAGCAAUGUUGUUGUACCUGAAAUUACUCAAGAGAUUUUACAAAAAAUGUGUGAAGAAAACUCAAGUGACACAAGUAAUGUGACCAAUGAAGAAGAAAAUAUUGAAAGUCAAUUGAGUGGGCUAAAGUUGCCAGAGUUUGUCAAGGUUUUCGAGGAUUACAUUCAUCCAACUGUCGAGGAGAAUAUCCAGGAAAUGAUCAAGGUUUGUUAUAUUUGUUGUCAGUUAUUUGCAGUAAUAGUUGGGGAUGAUGGUUGGCCUACACCGGUUUACCAAAUUGUUAUAGGGCGGUGUAAAAGCUAUAGGGGGGGGGGCUUAUAAAAAAUUUUAAAUUCAUCAAAAUUUUAAAGUUAUUAUAAUCUGCCAUUAAUACAAUCCUCUUUUCAGCAAGAAAAAGCUUUUUCAACUAAACGACACUCAUUUCUGCCUGACGCUGAACCUGAUUUAUCUCCGUAUGCAGAAGAAUCUGAAGAUGACCCAGAAGAGGAAGUAGAACAUGAGGAAGAAGCAAAAGCUGUAGUUAUUGUGGAUAAACUAACGUUGAAACAAAAGAUAUUCAAGAUCUUGAACAAACCAAAGAAACUUCUGAAACCGCUGCGAAAAGGCGAAUCUGGAGUUUGA